AUGAACCAGACCUGCAAGGUCUGUGGCGAACCGGCGGCAGGUUUUCAUUUUGGUGCAUUCACAUGCGAGGGUUGUAAGUCCUUUUUCGGUCGUUCUUACAACAAUCUGUCCUCCAUAAACGACUGCAAGAACAACGGCGAAUGCAUCAUCAACAAGAAGAAUCGCACCGCUUGCAAAGCGUGUCGCCUGGCGAAGUGUUUGACGGUGGGCAUGUCGAAAAGUGGCUCGCGUUAUGGGCGUCGCUCGAAUUGGUUUAAAAUUCAUUGCCUACUGCAAGAGCAACAACAACAGGCAGCCGCAGCCAUGGCAGCGCAUCACAAUAAUCAACAUCAGGCUGCCGCUGCUGCUGCCGCCGCCGCUGCCGCACAGCACGGUUGUCCGCCACUCAUGCCGGGACAAAAGCCCCCGCCACCACUUGGCAUGUCGCCGCAUGGGCCACCCUCCAGCGCUGCAGCGGCUGCUGCGCUUGGUAUACUGGGCCAUGCAGGCGCAUAUCCUGGUCUCUAUCCGCCACGUACAAAAGAGGAGUUACUGAUGCUGGGGCUCGAGGAGUACGCCGCUGCUGCAGCUGCUGCAAAACAUCCCGCCACUGCUUCACCAUCGGUAAGCUCGCCCGAUUCGCAUAAUUCGGAUAACUCACUGGAUGUGAGUACGCGUGGCAACGCUGGAACGAAUGCGCUACUACAUAUAAGUGGAAAGCAUCAUGCCGCUGAAGCGGGUGGCGUUCCAGCACCGCCGCCGCCACCACCACAACUACGCAAAGACUUGCCACAUUUCCUACCGCUGCCGUUCCCCGGACUCGGCUCUAUGUCAGUUAUGCCGCCGCCUACAUUUCUGCCACACUCACACCUGCUCUUUCCCGGCUAUCAUCCCGCGCUCUAUUCGCACCAUCAAGGUUUACUAAAAACCUCUGCUGAGCAACAACAACAAGCGGCUGCUGCCGCCGCUGCCAUGCACCAGCUUUUCAAUUCAAAUAAUAACGCGCCGAACCGUUUCCCACCCGCACUACAAACACCCACGACGACGCUACCAGCAGCGAUUGCCGCUGCGAGUAGCAACCAAUUGGACGCUAGUAAGGAUGCUGAUCGCAUAGCGCAAAGUCCGAAGAGUGGUGAUGCGCUCAACAACAAUCACAUACCUAAUGGCAGCAAGGCGGCCGAAGAGCUCACGAAGCGUUUUUACUUAGACGCAGUGCUCAAAUCACAACGCAACAGUCCGCCACCGGCGACAACAAAGCUGCCCGAACAUCCGAAACAUGACUACUCCAUCUCGGCUUUGGUGACACCAAAUUCGGAAAGCGGCCGUGAACGACUGCGCAGCCGACAAAGCAAUGAGGAUGAAGAGGACGGCGACGCGCGAGAAAACGAUGUACGACGCGCUACAACAAAGAGUGCCACCACUGCUGCUGGUAACACACACUCGAAUGGUGGCAAUGGUGGUGGUGACAGCGAGCGCACCGUAAAAGACCACAGCGAUGACGAUGACGAUGACGAGGAGGAGUUGGUUGUAUCGAUGACGCCACCUCGAUCGCCAGCGAAUAGUCGCGCGCCUAAUAUUGGCGAACCCGACGCCACCACUGUCACCACACCUGCCAACACACCAACGCCAGUCGCUGCGCCAACCGCCAAGCCAACAGCGCUGCAGCAAGACAAUCCCAUCGACUUGAGUAUGAAGACCAGCAGUUCGGUGGCGAGUAGCUCGCUAAGUAGCAAAUGUAGCUCUACGGGUUCAGUGCAAGCAACUGACAGCGACAAUGAGUUGGAAUGCAUGGUGGAACACGAACAAGUGCAGCGUCCGCAACUCAGUGAUGCUACGGAGAGACGACAAGAAAAGUUGGCGCCGACAGCUGAAAACACGGAAGAAGAACUGCUGCAAGUGGAUGUGGAGGAGGCAGAUAAGCAGGUUACGUUUAAUCCGUGCGCUGAUAGCGGCAAGAAUAAGCAAAAUAACAAUAACAAUAAUGAAAGCAGCAGCAAUAAUUAUAACAACAAUAGCAACAGCAAUAACAUUAACAACUACGGCUAUUGCCAUGCAUCACAGCGGCUGGACUCUAGCGACAGUGAGGAAAGCGUUCUGAAGUUGGACGUGGUAAAGCGUAAAGUGCAUGCCGUUGCAGGUAAACAAGCUGAAAGUGAAGUGCAGAAUGCCAAACGCCUGAAAUUAGCCACCGCAAGCACGCUAGAGUGCGCCGCUAAUGUGAGGCUAGGAGUUGGUGGCAGCACUGAGUCCAAGAUUGCCAGCGACACGUCGUCUACUGAAGUGGCGACAACAACAACGCCUUUGGAUUUGACUACGAAGGUUUAGUUUAAUUUAUAAGUGAAAAUAUUAGUUAACGUUUCUUUUUUAUUGAAUUAGUUGUAGUAGCAAAAGAUUUCAAAAUAUUUAUUUUUCCAUUAUUUUUAUUAGUUUCUUCAACUUUUGCGCGCGCUUAUCUUAUGUUUGCUAUUUGACUUUUUUAAGUAUUUCACAAGGUUCUUUCAUGAGAAAAACUUCACAUAUUUCGAGGUACACAAAAAGGCAGAAAAUCAUAUUUUUUGCGCAACGUUUGAUACUUUAAGUACUAAGCUGCAUUUUAUUAAGAUUUUCUAGAAAGCAAUCGACACAUUUUAGCGCAAAAUGCUCACAUUUCGUAUGAUAUAUGAAUUUGCUGUAUGUAUAGCAGAACGGCCCAAAACAAAAAAUGUAUUUAUGACAACUAUUCUCUAAAGGUAUGCUUUGUCCCUAAAAAUUAGGCACAUACUUUUUACUUUUCUUUAUUGAAAAGUACUUUUCUUCAGGGAAGAGCUUUAGAGCAAACUUGCCGACUAAAGGUUCACCACGAGAAGAGCAAACCUGCUCUAAAGCUCUUCCCUGAAGAAAAGUACUUUUCAUGGCGAUCCUGCCAGGAGAGACUUCUCGUGGUGAACCUUUAGUCGGCAGGUUUGCUCUGAAGGUUCACCACGAGAAGUCUUUACUAUCCGGGAAGAGCUUUAGAGCAAACCUGCUAACAAAGUACUUUUCAUUAUUUUUUUUACUUUUCUUUUAUUAAUAUUUACUUCUGCUGCCAACGCUCCUCAAAAUUACUUUUGUAUUCGGAUGGGAAAAGUGCUCUUCUUUCUUCCUUAAAUUUAGCAUAAAGCGUUAACAGAUCGAUAAUAUUCAACCUCCAUUUUUAAUUUCCAUUCACAUACAUCCAAAAAUGUUACCACAGGCUGUAUUAAAAAAAAAUUGUUAAACUAAUUUCUAUAGACCCUAAAACCAACAAAAAAUAAAUAAAAAUUGUAAGGAAAUUAAAAAAUAAAAAUUAAAAGUUUAACUUUGUUUUUUUUUUUUAAUUUUGUAUCGUCAGCAUU